AUGGCGCCGGGCCGCUUCUGGCGCUGCUGCCUGCGCGGCGCAGGCUGGGUGCCGGUGCUGUUCAUCACUUUCGUGGCGGCGUGGUCCUACUACGCGUAUGUGGUGGAGCUGUGCCUGUUUACUCUUUCUGGGAGUGGAGAAAAUGGAAAGGCCGUUGCUUACCUUGUGGCUUUUCAUCUGUUCUUUGUUAUGUUUGUAUGGUCGUAUUGGAUGACAAUUUUCACCUCACCUGCUACCCCAUCCAAAGAGUUCUACUUGUCCAAUUCUGAAAGGGAACAUUAUGAAAAAGAAUUCAGCCAAGAACGACAACAAGAAAUUUUGAGAAGAACAGCGAAGGACUUACCUAUCCAUACCACAUCAGGCUCAAGGACCAUCAGAUAUUGUGAAAGAUGUCAGUUGAUUAAACCUGACCGGGCGCAUCACUGCUCAGCAUGUGACAUGUGUAUUCUAAAGAUGGAUCAUCACUGUCCUUGGGUGAAUAACUGUGUGGGAUUUUCUAAUUACAAAUUCUUCCUGCUGUUUUUAUUGUAUUCCCUAUUAUAUUGCCUGUUUGUGGCUACAACAGUUUUGCAGUACUUUAUAAAAUUUUGGACGAAUGAACUCACAGAUACACGUGCCAAAUUCCAUGUACUUUUUCUUUUCUUUGUGUCUACAAUGUUCUUCAUCAGCGUCUUAUCACUCUUCAGCUAUCACUGCUGGCUAGUUGGAAAAAAUAGAACAACAAUAGAAUCAUUUAGUGCACCCACAUUUUCAUAUGGACCUGAUGGAAAUGGUUUCUCUCUUGGAUACAGUAAAAACUGGAGACAAGUCUUUGGCGAUGAAAAGAAAUACUGGCUACUUCCAAUAUUUUCAAGUUUGGGUGAUGGUUGCAGUUUUCCAACUCGCCUUGUGGGAAUGGAUCCAGAACAAGCUUCUGUUACAAACCAAAAUGAAUAUGCCAGAAGUAUUGGCUCAAAUCAACCUUUUCCUAUCAAACCACUUAGUGAAUCAAAAAACCGAUUGCUGGACAGUGAAUCUCAAUGGACAGAGAAUGGAUCUGAAGAAGAUACUGUCAGAUCAGGUUUAUAA